AGGUAUGCUUCAACACCUGCGCACACGGAGUAUAUUUUUGCUCUGAGCUUACGUGGACAACUUUGGUCGUUCAUGUGGUGUGAGAGCCGCAGUCUCAACCGUCUAUUUCUCCGUAGAAGAACACCCGCAACAGAGGACGAAGUAUCAGCUCUCGAGAUAAGAUAAUGAUAAGAGGGAGCUUUUACCAUUCGCAGGUACCUCGGUGAGCUCGUCUGUGGGUGCACCGAAUUAGUUUCAGUGAAGAGACAAAGCAACGAUAACAGUGUUGGAGUUGGUUGUGCACGCGAGCUAAAAGAAGAAAAAAAAAACUUUUUUGCGAGGGAAAAUCAUUUGUGCGUGAUAAAGCAGUCAAAAUGACCGCAAAUUCAAAUAAUCUCAACGUCGGGAUGCGCUGCAUCAAGUACAUGCUCUUCGUUAUCAACUUUAUGUUCGUCCUCACAUCGGUGCUCCUGAUCACCGUUGGAUUGACCAUCAAAACGAUCUUCAGUGAAUUCGAUGCCUUCGUUGAUGAUCACUUCAUGUCCCCACCAACGCUCUUGGUGGCCAUUGGAUUCAUCCUCCUGGCUGUGGCCAUCUUUGGCUGCGUUGGAGCAGUCAAAGAAAGCACCAUGAUGAUCAAUAUUUAUGGUGUUCUCUUGGCCAUAAUUUUCGUUCUGGAAGUUUCUGCGGCCAUCUCGGCAUUCGUCCUUCAAGGGCAGGUGGCUAAUAUGCUGCAGCGCACCAUGUUCCAAUCACUGCAGAAAUACGAUGAGAACUUGUACGUCCGGGAGGCCGUGGAUUUCAUGCAGAGCGUCCUGGAGUGCUGUGGCGUGCACGGCCGUGAAGAUUGGGAGGGAAUUCUCGGUCCAGUGAAUUCCACGGACGCCUCCAAGGAGAUCGUUCUACCUGAGUCAUGUUGCGAAAUUCACUAUCCCGGUGAUCACGACACCGAGUGCGUGUGGUUCACGGAUGGGUGCUUCAACCAAAUGAACUUUGUCAUCUCACAGAGUGCCAUGUUGAUUGCCACAGGAGCUACAACUGUUGCCUUCGUGCAGAUUUUGGGAGUCAUCUGUGCAUUCAUGCUGGCCAAGACUAUUCGACGAACAAAGACCCAGAGAGCCCUUAGGCAGUGGCAGCUGCAACAGAGUCUGGGUAUCUACAACAAACCCAUUAAUCACUACAAUCCACCCUACAUUCAGCUCAACAAUUCCGAGAAGCCCAAGAAGGAUCCUGAUGCGCAGGACUUUAUCUACCAGCCCAACAGUCCUAGCGUCAAUUGAAGCGAAAGCUGGGCUCACAGCGACCUCGAGGAAGCUCUCCCAGAAAGGGGGUUGAUUGAAAAAACUACAACCAUCCGUGAGAAAAAAAAAAGAGAUUGUUGUCCAUUUACCACUAUCUAAAUUCACUUUAUAAAAUGUUUCUGAUCUACGUGCAACAGCAGCAAAAUCCUGUGAAUAAUAUCGAUUUUAUUGGAAGUUAGUUUUAAUAAAUGUGUCCUUUUCAUUAUAAGAAAA